AUUUCUUAAUAUUAAUAAUUUUUUUUCCCCUUUCACUCAAUUCGUGGACCAAAUUUUCAUGGAGAGCACCGAUUCAUCCUCCGCCUUCCACCACCCCCAUCUUCCGCCGGGCUUCCGCUUCCACCCCACCGAUGAAGAGCUAGUCGUCCACUAUCUUAAAAAGAAGGCUGCUUCAGCUCCUCUUCCCGUUACCAUCAUCGCUGAGGUUGAUCUCUACAAGUUUGAUCCGUGGGAGCUACCAAGUAAGGCUACGUUUGGAGAGCAGGAGUGGUACUUUUUCAGUCCUAGAGAUCGGAAAUACCCCAACGGAGCUAGGCCUAAUCGGGCGGCAACUUCAGGGUAUUGGAAAGCUACCGGAACAGAUAAGCCUAUACUAGCUUCUAAUGGAGCUCAAAAGGUUGGCGUGAAGAAGGCACUGGUUUUUUAUGGUGGUAAGCCUCCGAAAGGGAUUAAGACUAAUUGGAUUAUGCAUGAAUACCGCCUUGUGGAUAAUAAUACUUCUGCCUCAAAGCCUCCAGGUGUUGAUUCAGCUAACAAGAAAGGUUCUUUAAGGCUUGAUGAUUGGGUUUUAUGCCGGAUUUACAAGAAAAACAACUCGCAAAGACCUAUGGAGAGGGACAAGGAGGAUUCAAUGGAGUGCUUGCUUUCUUCACUACCAAUACAUCCGAAACCCCCUGUAGCUUCAAAACCUACAAGUCAUGCAUCGGUACUUGAAAAUGAAGAGAAUUUCUUUGAAGGGAUACUAACAGGAAGCGAUGGCAUGCAAAAUAGCUCCAAUAUUUCUCAGUUACCCUCUUCAAGCCCCAAGCCACAUGUCUCCAUACCGUUAGUUUCUACUUCCAAUACUCUUGCAGCAAAACGUUUACUCCCGUCUCAGUACUGGAAUGAAGCUGCUGCUGCUGCUGCUGCAGGAUCAUCCAUGGGAGCCCCCUCAGGGAAGCGUUUUCAGGGUGAUCUUAAUAGCUGUGGCACUGCUACUGAAGACAACACCUCCUUUGUUUCUUUGCUCAGCCAGCUUCCACAGGGUACACCAUUUCACCCUAAUACAUUUCUUGGCUCUCUUGGUGAUGGCGUUUUGAGACAACAGUUUCAGCUUCCCACCAUGAACUGGAACUCAUAAUAAUGGGUUUGAGAGAUCAUACACAUAUCUAUAUGUAUGCAUAUACAUAGACAUAUAUUUACAGAGAGAGAAAAGAUACAUAUAUCUAUGCAUGUGCAGUGCUUAAGUGAAGGUAAAGAAAGUCAAGAAGCUCUACAAGAUCAUUUCUUGUCUACAUUUUAGGCCAAGAUCGUUGUGUUCCAGAGGUUUGAUUCUUCUAAAAUGGACCUAUUAGAAGGCUUUGAUGAGUUUAUUUCAUUGUAACUAACCAUAUAGGUGAGUUCUUAUAUCAUAACAUUUUGUUUAUGGAGAUCGAUCUAUAUAAAAAACCAUAGAAGGGGAGGGUCUAUUACUUGUCGUAGCUUUGUUGCUCUGAGAAAAUCAGAAAUAAAAAAAAAAUGAUCAUUAAAUUAAA